AUGGCCAUGUUCACUGUCCUUCCCUUGAUCUGGAUCGCCCCCUUGGGCUUGGUCGCUUUGUUCUUCUACUACAUCAUUCCCUACUUCUGGAACUACAGCCAUCUGCGUAGCAUUCCUGGUCCACUAUUUGCUCGCCUUUCCAAUUGGUGGCUUGUGUAUGCAUGCAGAGAAAAGUCACGUUGGAAAUACGUAAACGAUGCGCAUACACGUUACGGUCCGGUGGUUCGCAUUCAACCAAACCACGUCAGUAUCGCAGAUGAGGAAGUCAUCAAUGCGAUCUAUGGCCAUGGAAAUGGGAUGCUGAAAUCAUCCUUCUAUGAUGCUUCUGUCAUUACUACCUACAGCAUCUUCACGUCUAGAGAUCGUGCUGAGCAUUCUCGAAAGAGAAAGGUUGUGUCGCACAGCUUCGCACCUCAGUCUAUGCGAAACUUUGAGCCAUUUAUCCAGCAGCAUCUCAGUGUCUUCUUGCAGAAAUGGGAUGCCAUGGCAGCCAACGAAGCAAAGUUUGACGGAUAUGCGGACGUUGAAUCCCGUCUUUGGCUCAACUAUCUUGUCCUUGAUAUCAUCGGUGAUCUCGCCUUUGGUGCCCCCUUCGGUGUUCUAGCAAAAGGUUCAGAAGUCGUAGACUUUGAAACAGAAAAAGGCCCAAGCUCUCUACCCGUCAUCACCAGUCUCAGCACCAGAAGUGAGAUUGCGGCUACGGUUGGAGCAUUGCCCGAACUCAAGCCUUACCUCAAGUGGAGUCCUGAUCCUUUCUUCCGUACUGGUUUCAACGGCAUGAUCAACCUACGCACUCUUGGCACAUCUCGCAUUACGGACAGACUGAACAACCCGCCCGGUGAUGAGCGUGAGAAGGAUCUUCUUGAACGUGUGCGUGAGGGUCGAGAUCACAAGGGCCAGCCAUUCGGAAAGGGAGAGCUCAUCGCUGAAGCCCUGACUGUGCUCAUUGCCGGAACUGAUACAACAAGCAGCACCAUGGCAGCGUUACUGUAUCAUGUGGUACGAACACCUGGUGUAUUGAAGAAGCUGCAAGCCGAGUUGGAUGAAGCUAUCCCAGCCGAUGUAUCAAUCCCCUCUUUUGAAAUGGUCAAGAACUUGAAGUACCUCGGUUUUGUUGUCAACGAGGCUUUGAGACAUCACUCCACCAUCAGCCUCGGUCUUCCUCGCAUAGUCCCCGAAAAGGGCAACGGCGUCACAAUUGCCGGAUACCACUUCGCCCCUGGUACUGUUCUCAGCAUCCCAAUCUACACUGUUCAUCAUCUCAAGGAGGUGUGGGGACCGGAUGCGGAUGAGUUUAAACCAGAGAGAUGGGAGGAUGUAACGCAACGACAGAAACAGGCUUUCAUCCCGUUUAGUCAUGGUCCUCGGGCUUGUCUUGGUCGGAACCUUGCCGAGAUGGAACUCAAGGUCAUCACUGCCACUUGGGCAAGACGGUAUGACUUGAUCAUGAGGGAUGACACGAUGGAGAUUUUGGAGGGCUUGGCUAGGAAGCCUGAGGCUGUGAAUGUUGGAAUUAGACGUCGGAUGUAG